AUGGUGUUAAUCGAGUCAAGCGACAGUGAGAACGAGAUCCUCAUCAAAGAAGAACCACAACCGUCUUCAUCAUCACCUCAACCCGAAACAAUGGCCGCAACGGAGGCGAAACAAGUCGCCGGAGAUGAUUCCGACGGAUUCGAAACUGCCAGCGAACGGGAAAUCAGCGAUGAAGAAGGAGAGGACGAUGAUAGCAAAAACGACGCCGUAACGGAACCACAUCAGCAGGAUAAACCGGAGAAGAAGGAAGAGCAGAUUGAGCUAACGAGAGAAGCAGAAGCCAUCACUGACGACGGAUCAAACCAGGAGAAAGCAAUGGCAGAAGCAAAUGAGGCUAAAGCGGAAGGAAACAAACUGUUCGUAAAUGGCCUUUACGAAGAGGCAUUGUCAAAGUAUGCUCUUGCUUUAGAGCUUGUUCAUGACUUCUCCGAUUCUAUAGAGCUUCGAUCUAUCUGCCAUUUAAACAGAGGCGUGUGUUUCCUCAAAUUGGGUAAAUAUGAAGAAACGGUCAAGGAAUGCACAAAGGCAUUAGAGCUAAAUCCUACUUACUCUAAGGCCUUGGUUCGAAGGGCAGAAGCAAACGAGAAGCUUGAACACUUUGAAGAUGCUCUCACUGACUUGAAGAAGAUCUUAGAACUUGACCCCUCAAAUGAUCAAGCUAGGAAAGGGAUUCGACGCCUCGAACCUCUUGCUGCUGAGAAGCGAGAAAAGAUGAAAGAAGAGGCUAUAACUAAGCUGAAGGAGAUGGGAAACUCGAUUUUGGGUCGAUUUGGGAUGAGUGUGGACAACUUCAAGGCUGUUAAAGAUCCAAACACUGGCUCCUACUCUCUUUCUUUCCAGAACUAG